UUCAUCACUCUCUUUGAAAAGACUUCGCUUUUCGAGACAGUAUCCUGCACUAAAAACACCCAAGGAGCCUUCAGAAGGGGAUCUCAAAAUCGAUGACAACCCGGUACCGAUAUGACUGAAAGGAUACUGGCGUCAGAUUCGGAACCUGAAAGUGAAACUAUAGCCGACGUUGUCACGAAACUGUUUCAGCAAUUCAAUGGAUUGGGUACGCAGCUCCAUCACGCCGACCAAGAUUAUACCAACCAGGUUCAACGGUCCGAGGUUGCCGACGAAGCUGGCCGUUUCCGAACAUGGGCCGGUAAUAUAGGUGCCCAUCGCAGAGGCAGAAGCUCACUUGAUUACCGAUUGAGGGAUGCGUCUCAUAUCGAACACAAAGUUCAUACGUUGUUGCGGCGUUUGGACAGCCUCCUUGUAAGAUGUAUUGCCAUUGUAACUGGAGAGGUGAUCCCCUGGGACAAACGACCGCUUGAGUCCAGCUCGGAUUCGGACUCCAGUGACCCAGAGAACGAAGAUUUACAGGAUAACACAGAAUUACGACAACUGAUGACCAGUACGCACGAUACAACUACCAUGCUGUUGCGUCUUACCAUGGCCAUACAAAACCCUGCCCCACAUGAUCAGAUCAUGAAUUCAGCUGACGCAGAUACGUCAUUCUACACACCAUAUGAUAUCUUCCAUGUAAAAUCCAAACUGGCCACUGCCACAGACGAUAUUGCGGACAGGUUGGGAAAGGCCAUCUCCAGGCGCCGUCAAUUUUUCAAAUAUCGCGAAUUACAUCAUCAAAAACUGGCGUACGGUAUACAACGUAGCCUAGGCCAGGUCAGCACUGAGGAAACAAAAACUGAGCAUCAACCACCGACUACUAUUGCUUCAUCACUCCCAGGAAAUGUCAAAUUGAGUGCUCAUCCGGCGGCUUUGAACUUGUCAUAUGAUGAGCGCCCAGAAUCUGGCCUAACCCAAACCUCGUUCGCGACGUCUGCAGAUGAGGGUGAUGAGAAAAUACUUAAGAUACCACUACUUCCAGCAGUUGGGCAGAAUGGAGAUCCUUUCGAAUGCCCUUACUGUUUCACCAUGAUUUCUAUCCGAAGCAAUCUUUCAUGGAAAAGGCAUAUCCAUAACGACCUACGCCCUUAUGUUUGCACUUUCUCAGAUUGUCCCACGCCUAAUCGGCUCUAUGAAAGGCGGCAUGAGUGGUAUGAACAUGAACUUCAAAUUCAUCAACGAACCUGGCGAUGCUCCAACGACGAAUGUGCUAUGCUCUUCCAGUCUCUUUCAGAAUUCGAAGAUCAUGUUAUGAAUACACACAAUACGGUCAAUUCUUCGGAAAACUUUGCUGCUGGGGCGGAACUACCUAACAAAUGGCCGAUUGCUCCAGUGACCGAGUGUCAUCUGUGCGGUCAAACAAGAAUCCCAUUCUCUCGACUUCAAAAACACCUUGGCGGCCACCAGGAGCAGCUAGCACUUUUUGCAUUACCUUCUUUGCCGGAAAGCUCAGGCAAUGAAGCCGAUACGAAGAGCGAGUCAUCGAAUUCAAUAAACAACCAAUCAGACGACAACUCAAGCGGCGAAUCAAAAAAAUCAGAUAAACUGCCUCCUGAUCCGUCUUCUGAGGGCCUCAAAACAUUGGAUAGAAAACUACAACCGUAUUUGCCACGAAAUGAAGGAGAAAUUUUUCGGAGACAUACUGAACAAAAGCGAGAGCCACCGCUCUUAGAGCCACUCUCCACAGACCCUGGUUCAGAGAGAGCUGAGCUCGAAAAAGAAUUAAAGAAGAUAGAGACGGAAAAGGCUGCUGCUGAGGAAGCGGCUAAAGCACCCCCUCCGCCUGAACCUCCGAAGCCGCCUAUUAAGUUUAAAGACGCGGUGGGUAGGAAGUUCAGCUUCCCAUGGAAUUUCUGCAAGACGCGGAAGGGAAUGGAAGAUCUUAUUAAACAAGCUUUUCUUCAUGUUGACGUUAUUGGACGAGAAGUUCAAGAAGGACACUACGACCUUGUUGGCCCCGAUGGCGAAAUCAUCCUCGCUCAAAACUGGGAGGCAGUAGUUCAACCCGAUAUGGCGAUUACCAUGCACAUGUGGCCUAUGGAAGAACUUCCCCAGCCUGAGCCUGUCCCUCCGCCGCCGCCACCGCCCCGUCUUCGCCACAUCUCGUCUUAUUUUGGUAUGGAUUUCGGGUUUCCCCGCCAUCUCGGCGGACCGCUGCCAAACAAGGAGAAGAAGAAGAAGUCUUUGAAGCAGACGGACCCAAUUGCGGUACCCCCGCCACCGCCUCCUCCUCCCAUAGUAGGAGUAACAAAUCCCAACGUCGCCGAGCCCCCAACAACCCUCCCAAUGGUGGAUACCCUCACUCACGUCAAGCCCAAAAUGAAGCCAAUUACCAGGAAGAAGGCGCCACUACGUGGUUUUCUGCGAUGGACCGCUGGUCAGUCCUCAAGACCAAGCGGAAAAGGACUAAAAGAAGACGAAGAAGCAGUCGGUGCAUGCAGCCAAAGUUCCGAAUCUCACGAUGCCGUUUUAUCCACCCUAAGAGACAAUUCUACUGUCGAUUCAGCUACUGGGGAUCGUAGCGAAGAUUGGACAAGCUUCACUGAAGAUUGGCCACAUUCGAUCGAAGAUGCUGAGCCGGAGCGCAGUGGACGGGCGGGGAAGCAGGCAGAAGAGGAUAUUGACUACACUUCCAGCAUCCGUAUGGAAAACGAAUGGCGUGAAUAUGGAGGAGAUUACCUGCCACCUUCUCCUUGAUAUUGAGGUCACAAGGGCUUGAUGGCUGUCUUAUGGUCCAGUUCCAAGUUCCGUAUUUUUCUCAGAUGGUUUCACGCGCUUCUUUUCAGUUUCAUUAUUAUCCCUUUACAAAAACACCAACUCAAGAAUACUCGUUCCAUAAACAACAUACAUUCACCCAGUGUAUCUUACGGUAGCACUCUAUGGUGUUAAUAGGGGCGGGCAUUUUACGAAUUUUACAAUCGGAACCGUG